CUCUGCUGCCUGGCCCAGCCUCCCACCCAGGGCCCACCCCUCUGCCCGCCCCCAGGCUGGGUGGGGCGACUUCCUCCAGAGGACAGAGUGCUGCCCUCCGGAGUCCGGGAGUUUGGAGGAUGAGGCCUCUCAGCCCGGAGGUUGCCCUCGGCCUGCCCGGCGCCAUGGCGGCCCACCUGCUGCCCAGCUGCGCCCUCUUCCUGGCCUUGCUCGGCAUGGCCCCCGGCGCCAGGGGCCCCGUGGUGCGCAGCCAGCCCUUCACCACCGUCUGGAACGCCAACACGCAGUGGUGCCUGGAGAGGCAUGGCGUGGACGUGGACGUCAGCGUGUUCGACGUGGUGGCCAACCCGGGCCAGACCUUCCUGGGCCCGGACAUGACCAUCUUCUACAGCUCCCAGCUGGGCACCUACCCCUACUACACCGCGGCCGGGGAGCCCGUGUUCGGCGGCCUGCCCCAGAACGCCAGCCUGGACGCGCACCUGGCCCGCGCGCAGCGCGACGUGCUGGCCGCCAUGCCCGCCGCCGGCUUCUCGGGGCUGGCGGUCGUCGACUGGGAGGCCUGGCGCCCGCGCUGGGCCUUCAACUGGGACGCCAAGGACGUCUACCGGCAGCGCUCACGGGCGCUGGUCCGGGGGCAGCACCCGGACUGGCCGGCGCCCUGGGUGGAGGCGGCCGCCCAGGCCCAGUUCCAGGGGGCCGCCCAGGCCUGGAUGGGGGGCACCCUCCGGCUGGGGCGGGCCCUGCGGCCCCGCGGCCUCUGGGGCUUCUACGGCUUCCCCGACUGCUACAACUCCGACUUCCGGAGCCCCAACUACACGGGCGAGUGCCCGCCGGGGGUCCGGGCCCAGAACGACCAGCUGGGGUGGCUGUGGGCCCAGAGCCGCGCCCUCUACCCCAGCAUCUACCUUCCUGCGGCACUGGAGGGCACGGGGAAGGCACAGGCGUACGUGCGGCACCGCGUGGGCGAGGCGUUCCGCGUGGCGGGGGCCGCCGGGGCCCCCAGUCUGCCGGUGCUGCCCUACGUCCAGAUCUUCUACGACUUCACCAGCCGCUUCCUGCCCCUGGAGGCGCUGGAGCACAGCCUGGGGGAGAGUGUGGCCCAGGGAGCGGCAGGAGCAGUGCUCUGGGUGAGCUGGGAGAACACCAAGACCAAGGGGUCAUGCCAGGCCAUCAAGGAGUACGUGGACAGCACGCUGGGGCCCUUCGUCCUGAACGUGACCAGUGGGGCCCGUCUGUGCAGCGAGGCCCUGUGCUCCGGCCACGGCCGCUGUGCCCGGCGCCCGGACCACCCCGAGGCCCUCCUCCUGCUCAACCCCUCGAGUUUCUCCAUUGAACUCCCGCCUGGCGGCGGGCCCCUGACCCUCCGAGGCGCCCUCUCCCCUGAGGAUCGGAAACGGAUGGCGGUGGAGUUCCAGUGUCACUGCUACCCGCGCUGGAGGGGCGCCGAGUGUGAGCAGCGGGGCCCGUGGUGACUGGCACACCCCCGGUGCACACCGAGUCAUGUAACAGUGCGCUCCGGCCUGGCUGGGCUCUCCCAAGGACCGGCCCAGCUGCACAGGCCACGCACAGUCAGGAGCACCUGCCCGGGAGUCUCCGGCACCCACCUCAGGGUCUCUAACGUCACCGCUAGAGAGAGGGGGGGGCCGUCUUUGAACAGCAGCAAUCAUAAGAACGGCCAUUCUGAGCGCCUGGUCCCCUCCGAGCCCCGUGCUGAGCACGUGAGAUGCCCUGACUCAUUCAGCCUAGGGCGCCGCCGAGAGGGCGCUGAGCAGGUUCCGGGGAGGCUGGGAUCACCACCAGCGUCGGCUGCAGCGGGGCGCCCUGGCUCCGCGGGGUGCAUGGUCAGCAGCCUGCAUCCUGUCAAUAAAGCGGAUGUGAUUCUCA